CGGGGUAGCCUUGCUCCUCCACGCUAUUGCAGUGGGCUACUUUUGGGGAUGGCUUAUUUUUCACAGGGUGGGUCGGUCAGUCGUGGCAACGAGGUACUGAGUACUGAAACGAGAUUUAGAGCCGUGUUCUCAAGAAAAGACAAAAGAUUGAUUCGAGACGCGGCAUAAGGGAAAAAAAUAACGAGAGAAAAAAAUACUUAAGAAGUUCGAGGGUAGGCUAAGCAAGCGGAAUCCGCCGGCAGUUGUUACUUCCUCGUCCUGCAGGGAGGAUAAAGUGUGACGUCGGCGACUGCUUCGCCUUAGCCCAGCCAGUCAGUGGAUUCUGUAGCGAUUCUGCGGAGGGGAACCUGUCCGGGCAGAGCGGAGCGUCGGCGAGCCAAGCACCGUCUGCGAUAAGCUCCGACACGCGCAGGCACGGGACAGCAGAAGCGAAGGAGCGUAGCAAACUUUUCCGAGAAGGGGCGAGAAUUAGAAAUAAUGCUUUGCUGUCCACCCGCAGGCUAGGCUCGGAAGCUUGAGUGCUUGCUGCUGUUUUUUGAAGGACGCGGCGGGUGUCGUGUUAUUUUUCCGCUCCCCCCACCCAGCACGGUGUCCCGAUUUCAUUCCCCCCCUGGAGGAUUUGGAAAUGUCUUCGCUAAAUGUUGACAACGAGCAGAGAUGGGUGCCUACACACGUUCAGGUGACGGUGCUCCGUGGAAGGGGCUUGCGGGCGAAAGGCAAAAACGGCACCAGCGAUGUUUAUACCAUCAUUCAGGUCGGAAAGGAGAAAUUUUCUACGUGUGUGGUGGAGAAGACGACCGCACCGGAGUGGAAGGAGGAAUGCUCUUUCGAGCUUCUUCCCGGGGUGCUGGAGGCGGAGGGACGAAGCGCGUACCCCGCCGGGAGUAGCGACCUGGUCCUCACGGUGAUGCACAGAGCGCUAAUGGGUCUCGAUGUGUUUCUUGGACAAGCCACCAUCCCCUUGGACAAAGUCUUCCAGGACAGGAUAUGCAUGAGAAAUGAGUGGUACAAGCUGCACUCCAAGACGGGUAAGAAGGAGAAGGAGCGCGGGGAGGUGCAGGUGACGGUGCAGUUCACGCGGAACAACCUGACCGCCAGCAUGUACGACCUGUCGGCCAAGGACAAGCCGCUGUCGGCCUUCGGCAGGCUGAAGAACCGCAUGAAGAGCAAGAAGCAGGACGACGCCGAGUCAGCGUCCGCCAUCGUGCCCGGCGGCGUCGGGGCGCUGACCCGCCGGAGGCCGCGGCUGCCGAGCGACGGGGGCGGCGAGGAGGAGUACGAGGACGACGAGGGCGGGGAGGGGCGGCGGAGCAAGAUGCGCAACUUCUUCCUGCGGGGCAAGCUGCGGAAGUCGUCGGACACGCGGUCCAGCACGUCGCUGGGCUCGGAGAGCAGCGAGUCGUCCUCGCGCGGCGGCAGCCUCAGCCCCACCGCCGGCAUCAGCGUGGUGGUGUCCGACCUCUCCAACUCCCCCAGCGAGACCAGCAACCUGACGGCCGACGACAGCCCCGACCACACCACCCACCCGUCGCCGAAGCUCAUGACCCACAAGCGGGCGUUCAGCGACGAGGCCGGCCAGGUCACGCAGGCCCCGCCUCCCCAGCCCCGCGCCGUGCAGUCGCUGAAGGCCCAGAGCGGCGCCCUGUCCCAGUCCUCCCUCUGCGUCAACGGCAGCCACGUCUACGCGGCCGAGCCCCUCCCCGCCGGAAGCCACGCCACCCUGGGCCUGCUCCAGAAGUGCUCCCCCCUCUCCCGCUCCCUCCAGAACCUGACCCGCCGGGCCGAGGACCCGCCCAGGCCCGGCCCCGGCGCCGAGGGCCGCCGCUGGUCCUUCGACAAGCCCGGGAAGGAGGAGAAGGCCGCCGUGUCCGCGCAGGCCGCCACGCUCGUGGUUCCCGCGGCGACGACGGCGGCGGCGGCGACGGAACCGGCCGCCGAGGGGAAGAAGCAGAAGAAGAACGGGCGGAGCGACUCGGCAGGGAAGGGGGCGGAGCAUAUCGAGGCCCCGCCCCACGCUGAGGAGAAACAUAAGGGCUGGUUUGGCUCUAAGGAUUCCCACAACAAGCCAAGUUCCCCCCUCUGGCCUCCGACAGUUUCCUCCUCCUGGUCCGACCCGAGUCCUGCCCAGGACUGCCCGGAGGCGGAGCCUGGCCCCGCUGUAGGUGUGGCAAGAGAGAGGUCUCAUCUUGGGGCACUGGGCACAAGGGCGAGGGCCUCCCCCAACCCUUUCGUCACUUCCCCUGUGUCAGAAAACUUCAGUGAAUGGGACGAGUCUUUUGAGGCUUUUGCUGCAGGCAGGUUGGGUUCACAGAAGGGUCUGGCUCCACCAACCCACGUAACGACACUUCCUCCGGAACCGGCCGUGGACGAAUCGUCAGAGAGGAUGAAGAUGAAUGAAAAAAGCAUGGGGGCUGAAGAAGGCUCGCCCUCACUUUUGCGACGGCCCACCAAGAUACCCGUCUUGCAGGGUAGUCAAAGCCAAAGGUUUGACUGGACACAGGGGCUGGCCGUGAAGAAAGACCUGUUUCCUCCGCCUCAGAUUGAGGUGUUAUCUUGGGAGCGUAGCGAGGAGGUGCUCGGUGGAUGCGCACCCAUCCCGUUCCGGGAAGAAAAAACAGGCAUUGGUCUUUUCUCAGGGUGGGAUCCGGAAAAACCUCUGGAUUGUUCAGUGUCCUCCCCUCAGUUUGUGAGCGUGGGCUCCCUAAUUCCCGACAGCGGCAGCGCAGGACAGCCCAUCGUUUCACCCUGCGGCAAAGACCGAGGAGAGGCCACGGAGAAUGCCGGGGGCAAAGGCGGAGCGGACGAAGUCGAACAGGGAGAGGGCGCUCAUGCUUCAGCCUCAGCCUUCCGCACUUCUGAAGGGGUUGGGAAAGAAAAUGACAUCGUCGGGAAUGCCCCCCCUGCUUUUGGAAAAGAAGAAAUGCACAAGAUUGCCUCUCUUCCACAAGUUGCUUCAGAAGGGUCUAAAAUAUCCACUUACGAACCAGAUGUCUCUCUCAUAGGAAAAGGAACAAAUCCAUUUUUCACUACCAUACCAUCGCACAAAUUGUCUGAAACUCUCCUGGAGGGGCAGGAGAGCACCACUACUGAUGCACUUAAACCAGCGUAUGAAGCUUCCCUUGAGAAGACCAGCACAAACACUAAGAUUCUUGAUUUACCUCAAGUUACCACUCAUGCUGCACAUGAAAAUCUUCAUGACUCCUAUGCGCACAUAUUUGAUUUUACCAAUUCAGUUCUCCCAAAUACUGACACUUCUAGCUCGCUUUCUGUCAUGAUUGCUAAUAACACUGAGAUUAACAAUAACAGCACUAAUGAAAUGGCUACUAGCCCCUCCCCUUUCAUUCCUGAAGGAAUCAUGAAUGAAAUGAACUCCAAAAAACCUGUCAGCUUGUUCUCCAAGGUGCUGGAAAGCCCCUCACCUGCAGACUUGGUGGAUCUGCCAAUCAAAGAUGGCAACUCUUUGUCUGAUUCUAAUGAUGGAACACUGCAUGAGUCUGUCUCUGACGUUUCCAUAAACGCUGCUGGAUUUUUGCCUGAGGAGCCUGUUUCCAUGGCGCAUGUGGAAGUACCUGCUGGAUCUCCAGUGCAGGUUGACAAGGAAGACAAACUGCUCUUGGAGAAAGAUGAACCGGAAAAACAGAGGACUUGUGCGGAAGAGGCCUUAGAGAAAGAGCAGUCCCGCACAUCAACCAAAGCACAAGAGACAAUUUCCCAGAAACUUGACAAUGUUCCUCUCGCAGAUACAAAAUCUGAUAACACUCUUGAACAACGUACCAUUGCCCUAGAUGCCCCGUGCAGUGAUUCAGAUCCUGAAGGUGCAUACCAAGAAAAGCGUGAGGGAAAAAACGCAAACUUGAAUGUGAAGGACUCGAGCAGCACUUCUGCAGAAAUUAAUGGAAGCACUUUGUCCGAUUAUCUGGAGGCCAGAGAACCAGGUCCUCCAGUGUCCCCUGUUUCAGAUGCACUUAACUUUGUAACUGCCAUUGAAGCGUCAGACCCAGGAAGCAGCUGGGAGUCACAUGACGCCCUCUCAUCCGAGACUGGAAUCGAACGUCUCCCGCUGAAAAACAACGCUGGCGAAACAGCGGCUCCUUCCGUGGAAGGUGGAAUUACGCCCUCGUUUUGCACCGCGGAUUCAUCGACUUCCGCGCCGGAGAUUUUUCCGCUGGAGAAGCUUCGCGGCGAUCGUGACGUGAGCCGGCCGCCCCCUAAACCUCCACGACUUUUCCAGGAUUCGGUUCUUAAUGAGCGGCAUAUGAAUGAAUACCCUCAGCCCGGACUGGGAGAUGAGGCUGAAACUAAACGUCCCGGGACACCCAAGGACUCUUCAACUGCUCUUUUCCAAACUCUAGCUGUGGGUCUUGGGCCUGAGCUGCAGCAAACUGGCCCGUCUCCUCUUUCAUCCGAAUGUUCUGGUUUCUCAGCAACCACCAAGGACGGGUGGGACAAGACUGGUGCCGAAUGCCAAAACACAACUUUCACCAUCGUGAAGGACGAGCUGUCCUCGGGGAAGGAGGUCCCACAAUUUGGGUUCUCUGCCUUUGACCUUGAGGAGAAGUCUGAUCAAAGCUGGUUGACCAGUAAGAGCUAUUUCAAGGUCAAAGAGCUGGACACAACCCAUUUUGCAGUAUGGUCCGCAGAUGAAGAGAACGCCAUACCAACUGACUCCACAUCCCUGGACAAAGCGAUCUUGAUGGAAAACUCUACUGAGGGAGACUCGACACAAGUCCUGGAUGUUGGAACCCAACCCAACACCUCACCUGGGACCUGUUCACCCAUCUGGAAAGUAAAUGAAGGACUUGGGGAGAGUUUCCUUGACCACGUAAAAGGCACAAAGGAGCAAACAUGGACUGAAAGUGUUGAACCCACAUGGCAAAGUCUACCAUCCUUAAGUGGUCUCUGCUCCACAGUCUCACAGGACCUCAUCAUAGACCUGCCACCAGAGGACCUUCUCAAGCCACGAGAUGAGGAGGAGAAGCAACAGGCUCUGAGGGGAGAUCCUCUGGACUCAGUGCUGUUUCCGCAGCUGCAGCCAAGCAACCCGUUCUCUGAGUCCGACAUCAUCUCUCUCCCAAAGGGAAUCGGGUCUGCUAUCAACCCCAAGGAGGAGCUCCCUGCUGAAGCAGCUCCUACCCUGAACCUUCACCCCCCCGUUGGCGUUAACCCAAAGUCCAGCCUCUUUCUGCAUGAUUGUAACCCCCAGGCCUCUUCCACCCCCUCCCUGUUGGCUGAGACUAACGCCCAGGUAGCCUUCUUCCCCUCACCAAUCCUGCCCCACCUGCCUGCGAGGUCGACCACAGGGGCCGCCCAAGCCUCCUCCAUCGCCCCUCCCUCCAAACCUCCUGCAAUGAUUGACACACCAUUCACGGUUUUGCCCCAGGAGACACAGACGGCUGGCAGCCUCCCGUCCAGUCAACUGAGCAGUCCUCACCCUGUCAAGCCACUGAACACCGCAGCCCCACAGGAGGAGAAGAAGUCGGAAGGCCGCUCAGUCCUGGUGAGCGGGUUGGAGAAGCUCAAGUCCACCAUUCACCCAGGGCGGGCAGGGCACCAAGGCGAGCCUGAGGCUGACAGGAACAAGGCUUUGUCAGAGGGCGCCGCCCCCUAUUAUCAUCUGAGCCACAACGAGCUGGUGUCUCUCCUGCUGCAGCGGGAGGAGGAGCUGGAGAGGCAGGGGGCGGAGUUUGAGAGGCAGGGGGCGUUGCUGGACAAGCGCGAGGCAGAGCUGAAGAAGAUGAAGGUCCAGACCCGGGACCUGGAGGACUACAUCGACACGCUGCUGGUGCGGAUCAUGGAGCAGACGCCCACCCUCCUCCAAGUGCGCUCCAAGCUCAAGUGAUUGGCCGGAUGGGGGGAACAACAGGGGGCAGAGCCUUUGUAGCUAAGCUUCGCCCUCCACCGUCCCCUCAGCUCCUCGUAGUUUCCUCACUGCUACACUGCUCAGUCGAUGUAGUUACAGCACUGGAAAAAAUUGCCAGCCAGUAAGGCGGUGUUUUUGAGUUCGCAUGCUUAUUGCCUUGAAACACAACUUUGUCAAACGGGUUGGGUUUUGUAGGUGCGGCGGUGAAGGUGGAGUUGGGGGUGGGGCUGUGUUCAGUCAUGGGCUUCAGGUGUCUCCAGGUAAAAACCUGACUGGAGAUGUUCCAGGCAGUAUGGCCCCCUCCCUGUGUAGCCUCCGAGUGGGAUUAUUAAUUAGGCACCGCCUCCUCUUCACGAACAAGACUUGUUGUUAUUGCCAGAUCUCGCGAGAUAUCAGACAGCAAGCGCACCUGCAACUCUCAAGCUGCAAGCCAAAUGAACAAGUAAAAAAUCGGACAACUCAAGCCACGUCUGAAUGCAAAAAUCCCAGAAAGUGUUCUUAGGUUACUGGCCGAUCAGAGUUCACAAGGCAAGUCAGGUUUCUCCAUGCCCCCAUCCCUCUGUUACUUUUUUGUUCUUUUUAAAUAUUCUUUUUUACGUUUUCAUUUAGGCAUGUCUGAUAACACGUGUUAGCAGCCUGACAUAAUCUAUUUGUGAGCAAUAGAGUGUGGCUUAUCCAGGCAUUGUAGCUGAUCAUCGAUCAACCCAGAGAAACGUAUCAACAGUCCCUGCUCUUCCAAAUGCAGGCCUUUGCCUGUCGCGGUAUUUAGCGUUCACCAAUAACACCGCUUAUAGCAAAAAGCGCCCGCGCCUUACAUUCCACUCUCUCGCCUCUCUGUUCUUCCACGCUGUCCGCUUCGGCGUACGUACACACAUCGCUUAAAACGCUUCCAGGUGUGCGCAAUGGAAGGGAUAUAUAUUAACGCCAUAUACUGUAUGCCAGAAAUGCCGAACGCUGCCUUACUGUAUUCAUGUCGUGGUCGCUGGUCACAUUUUUUGCGUAUUGGUUCCCAUUAUUUCUUCUCUUCAGAACUAUGGCUUAUAUUGAAGUCAUGUUUCCGUAAUAUAAUUAAUUGAAGCUGUGUUGUAAAGUAUUUUUGAAUGAACAGGGAAUUGAGGGGGUGAUGGUUAUUUUAAAAAAAGGAAAGCAGAAAGGGCGGUCUGUUGCCAAGUUACUAAUUCCAGUUUAGUAUUAUUGCACUUGACGGCAAAAGUACGUUUUAUAUUUGUGAUUUUUGACUAGACUAGCUUCACUAUUCGGGAAAGCAAUCCGUUGAAAUCUUCCGCGGAUUUGAUGUUUAAAUUCUGUUCUCACGUCCCCCCCCCCCCCCCCCCUUGUGAAUUGUCUACCUCCCUUUCACACUUCCACAAAGUGAGACUAUCUCUGCGCGUUGCGAAAUCACGAUAGGCUAAUACAGGGCGAAAUAAAUGCAAGUUCUCUGAAAAUGCCACCGCUUUAAACACACGGGGGUUGCCGCUGUGAUAAAGAAGCACCGCAGAAAUCCUGUGACAUAGGCCUACUUCACACGUGACUGCACUUUAAAAACUGCUCUUGGCACUGGUCAAACAAAUAAGGUGAUUUUUCUGAAUAUGCUGUCGAAUUGCGUUUUCACUGCAGCCCUCCUGUGGUUACUCUCUGGGUUUGUUUUUCUGUUACUUUAAUUUUUAAAUUGCCUGUUUGUGAUUCCCACUAAUGACCAGGAAAUUAAUAUAAUGACUUUCUUCCACAACUGAUCUGAACCUCGUUGAUAAUCGUCUUCUCAUUCUCUUUAUCGUCAUUAUUAUAUUCCUCCUUCUUAUUCUUUCCCUUAUCCUUCCUCUAAUUAUUAUUAUUAUUAUUAUUAUUAUUAUUAUUAUUGGAAUUUCGUAUAUUUAUCUUUUGUGGCCCAGGGAAUGUGCAUAGGGAUUGUGAAAGAGAGGAACGUUUACAGUUGUUAAUAUUAUUCUGUUACUUUUAUAUGUUUAAUAACACAUUGAUUUUCUUGUUCGUUAUUGGUCUGUUUGCUAUUAAUCUCUGUUGAUGCUUUAUUAAAAUGUAUUCUGUUAGUUACUUUGCAAUAAAGACUCAUAAAAUUCA